AUGACAGCCGCUCCACUCGCGAGCUCUUCCUCUUCGCGCGUGCCGGUCGCAUCUACAUCAUCCUCAAGUACGACAGGUGAAGAUGCCGCCACCUCAAGGACCAGCAAUGGUUCUUUCAAACAGCAAGCUCCAGUCACUCGCGUCACCGUCCGCAAUGGCCUGACAAUAGGCAUCAACGGUGAGUGCAGGCUUGAAAGUCUUGUGCUGUUGUGGACGCCGCGCCACGGCAUAGUCUCGCUGGCCUUUCGCGAACGCUUCACUGUGGAUGGCUUGAAUCUGGGCCCUAUCGUGAGAGAGGCGCGACCAAGAGCUGUCUUGCCAGUCUACGCCAAUGCUGUACUGCCUUUGCGGUCGCUACCAGGCAUCAUUUUCUUGCAGUGCAAGACAUCCAACACUAUUCUCCACUAAGCCUUGCUUCUGGAUCAGAGCUCUCACGUCAUCUUGCCGUCUUCCAUCUCCUCAGACUAUGUCUACCUCUCGGUUCCGUGGGCUCCUGGAGCGGGCGAGCCUUUCAUUAUCGUGAGUGACCACACUCGCCAGUAGCAUCUCCACCUGUCAGUGAGCUCAAGUAUGGCUUCAUCACCUUCCUUCACCCAACAACUCUACUCUUGCCCAUCUGCUCCACUGAACGAUCCGUCUCGCUUCCUCACAUCGUCAUUUUUCCGCGGAUGGAUCUGCAACACCACCCUUCUUCCGCGCGCCAUUCGCUUCGCACUGUCAUCAUCUGUUCGAUCGGUCGAUGCGCUCUGCUUCGUCAUCACUCCAACACGACAUUCACGAUGCACGGGCUCGAUCAUCAUAUCCUGGCCUCGGCCUACGACCACACCCCUUCUCCUCCUCGCACAUACCCACUGGGCCCUGGCAACAUCUUGAUCGCGAAAACACAUCCCACCACUGCCCCCGCGACACGCAUCUGUGGCAACAAUUCUGCUCGUCAUCGUCGGCGACGUCCCUUCUCCAAUGAUUUCGGAUCGGCGUGCAAUGCACCCUACCCUCUACCAUGCGAUUGCAUGUUGUUCCAUCGGCGCUGGAACGGCACUGGGCUGCUGUCGCAUACGUGACGGACGCUUCUUGCGAUGUCGGACACUGCUGUGCUCGGUACGCACCAUCGAUCGACUUGGUCUAUCCUCGGACCGCUCUCUCGACUCUCAUCUCCCACCUCAUCUCCCAUUUCGCCUCGUCGACGCCAAACAAACCAACGGUCUCAUCAAAUGCACGUAUACCGCUGCUGAACGGAUUUCUCAUCCUUGCGCUUCGUGCGUCUGGGCCCUGCACUUCGCCUCGUCUCCUCUCAUCCCUUCCGGCCUGCCUCCUUUGCUGCGCCACGCCGCGUCGCUGCUGCUUCCAUGGUUCCAUCACCCGUGAUGCGCGGCGACCCGCGUGGCUGGGUGCACUGCGCCUGCGCCUGCGCCUGCUGCUCCGGACUUUGUCACCGGUCCGACUGCCGCAUCUCCCCCCGCGCCUUCACACCUGCGCCCCACUGCCUCGCCGACGAAUCCGAUCGCCUGCGCCACUAAAUUUCGCGCGCGUGGAUCUUACACGCGCCCCGGCGCUAAUUACUGCGCAUCAAACCUCGACGCGCCGACCGGGUCCGCAACCGCUGACCAACACCGUCUGGGUCUUGGCUGAUAUCGACAUCGUCUGGCAACCCGCACGCUGUCUUCACCGUUGGAUUCCCGUCCCACCAUCAAUCUUGCUACUGAUCUGCUCCUCUCCCGACCAUGCUUUCACGAUGGUCUGUUCCACCAGGCGCGUGUCAUGGAGUUCGUGCUGGCAUCCUCCUCCCGCAGUGGUGCAGCAGCGCUGCUAUCGUCUUCCGGCACUCUGCAACUCCGAGCAAACGUCUUUCUCAGGACACGCGACAUUUCGCACCGUGUCAGCAAUGAUCCCAGGCUUCUGGUUGGCACCAUGAAGUCGGACGUUUAUGCGCUGGAGAACGUGCGUGGCCUUUGCGAGGUUCGGCAUCGCGAUCUGCUCGGCGACGCACCUGAAGUCAGCGCUUGGAAGAAGAAGGACGAUCACUUCUACUUUCACCAAAUCUACGACGGCUACAUCCACCGCUUCUACGACGUCAUACCCACCGAGAAGAUAAAAAAUGCUCCUCCAGCUGUGCUCAACCUGCUACGGUCACGGUACUCCUUCAUUGUUGCCGAGGUCGGAAUGACACCAGACCUUUGCGACGCCCUUCGAGGAUGUGCCGUCUGCCACCGGUGGGCUUCUAGGUGCGUGCAUGUCCGAACGCUAUAGCUUCGCUGUCCAUGCCUGACGAGUGACCCUCUCUUUUUCGAACAGCCCCGAGAGCGUUCGCUGUGACACUUGCAAGAAGUUCUUUCACAUGCGCUGUUUGACACCACCACUAGCAAGCAAACCUGCAAAAGGCUACAGCUGGACAUGUGCACCGUGCUCAAAGAGGCACGAGCAGGAUGUGGAGUCUACUAUUAGCGGCGGUCUCUCCGCUUCCGCCCUAGCAGCAGGAACGUCCAGCCUGUCUCGUCUCCCAGGCACGCAAGGCGCCAUACGCGGAGUUCCGUCGGGCAACGGAGUCAAAGCUCGUGGACCCGGUCGAGGCCGAGCUAGCGGUAUUGGUGAGCGAGCAGUCCCUCGGUGGUGGGAUUAUGAUUCGGCCCGCGCUAAUAAAAAUCACAUUGUUCUCGACGGUGUGCCCGGCCACCCAGGUACUCCGACGGACCCAUCUCCGGACUCGAGCCCCGCGCCUGUUGCGCGCACCAUUGACGACAUCCGCGGAACGCGAUGCUUCAACCGAUGGCCUUAUCGAUAUUUUGGUCAGCACACGGAAGCAAAGGAUGUGCUGGAUCCUCACGACUCGAUCUAUCCUCGAGCAGCGACACGACUGGGACCCAAGUAUCAGGCUGCGCCUCCUAGCUGGAAAGAGCAACUGGAGCUCGGACUCGGUGUUCAAGGACGCACAUCAGACGACGCCGAGGGAGGCGGGGCAGGCAACGGUCUACCGAUUGAGGAAGGUGGCCCUCCUCCCAAGAAGAAGGGCGGUAGACCGCCGAAACGCAAGAGGCCUGAAGCGGAACGCUCAGAUACACCACAGGCACAACUCACUCCGACGCUGAGCACGGUCAAGCUCCCUGCAGACCCUCCCGCAAGGGACUUUGAGAGAGGCACAGACGAGAGUGUGGAGGUGAUAUGGCAGCCUCAGCUCAAGCCUGGCAAAAUAGGUGCGCGUCCAUUUCGCACGCAAUCGUGAAGCCUGUUGCUGACGCCUUGUUCGUCUUCUCUAGUGGAUGCCUUCUUCAUAGGUGCGAGGCAGCUCUUUGCGCACAUUCCGGCCCACGACGUCGACUUCAUGGACAGAGCGCUGCAAGUGCUUGCGUCUCGGGCGGGCAACCCUGCUCUGGGUCUGCAAGCCCUGUCUGCCAGUACGCCUGAAGAUUUCCGACAAGUGCAUUGGUCGCAGAAGGAGACUCGCCAAUUUGACCAGGUCAUGAAGGACUACAACGCUGACAUGCGACAACUCAAGAAGGCUGUACCUACCAAGACGUACGGAGAGAUUGUGCGGCAGUUCUACAGCUGGAAGUGCAAGCGACUGCGAGAAGUGCUGGACAAGGAGGCGCAAGAAGAAGCAGAGUUGGCAAGCAAGACUGGCAAGGUGGUGAGGAAGAGCGGUGCUCAGUCCUUGGCGCCUGCGCCCACGCCACCUUCCACUCGCGCUGUAUCGCCGUCCCUUUCAGUGUUUGGGGACGCGUCCAUUUCCAAUCCGACGUGCUACAUGUGCUCCACUCAUCAAUCGCAAGUAUGGUACAAGGGCCCGUACAGCUGGCCGAAUCGGUACUUGUGCACCCACUGCGGUCUCUAUUGGCGCAAGUACGCUGCCGAGAGCACUUCUACCCAGGAGCUCGUCGCCAUCAACACCCGGCAAAAGGCAGCAGCGCUGAACGCAGCGGGUGACGAAGAGCUUGGCGUGCAGCCGCCUGCCAAGUCUGCAAAGAUGAGCAAGACUGCUUCUGCUCGUGCCGCCGCUGCGAGGACGACUCCGCCCACGCGCGCUGCUCCAGUAGCUCCGCCGCCACCUCCUCCGAAACCGGAUCCCAUCAAAUGCGUCAUGUGCGACAAAAUGGAGCCCAAAAAGACGCUGCAGCAAUGCAGGCAGUGUACUCUGAGCGUCCACAAAGGCUGCUUUGGUCUCACCGAUGAGGAAGUGGCUGCCGAAUGGUGGCAAUGCGAAGCUUGCUCUAACGAGAAGGCCCUCGACGCUGCGCUCACACCUGGCUGUGUACUUUGUCCGUCGCUACCUCGCGCCAAGUCGAUUGGGACGACUGAUGCGGCAGAUCAAGGUGACAAGGCGCUCUCGAGAGCGCGCAAAGGUGGAGUGGACGCGAAUGGCACAGACGAGAGCGCGACCGGUACGCCCACCGUUCUCGAUGCUGUCAAGCCGACGGAAGGGAACAACUGGGUUCACCUAAUUUGCGCUGCCUUCAUACCCGAAAUCGUCUUCACCGACCCGGCACGUUUACGUCUCGUCGAAGGCGUGGGCAAUCUACAAUGGUGGCGAUACAACAGCGUGAGUUGCACCCUUUACUAACGUCCAUUUCAGGCUCGCCCAAGGCUAAGCAACGCGCCUUAUUUCAUUCACAUUAGGAAUGCGACCUCUGCAAGACGCGCUUUGGAGCGUGCGUCAGCUGUGCCGAACCUAGCUGCCGAAAGACGAUGCAUGUCUCCUGCGCAUGGACUGCUCAGCCGUCAGUCUGCAUGCUCUUUGAUUUCACUGCUGUCAAAGUCUCUCGCAAGGACAUUGUGCCGACUGCGAGCUUCAAGGGGGAAAGUGGUCACAUCAAUGCCAUGCUUUGGUGCAAGGAGCACAAGCACAUCGGUGAGAGCAAGAAGCCUACAACGCAUCAACUUACCGACAUCGACCCCGAGACUGGCAAGGUGAGCUCGCGCGUCGCUGCAACAAGCAAGGUGCGAGGAUGCCGCCUGAUCACGAUUCGUACUUCGUUCUUUUUCUCAGACACUGCUACAAAUCUAUGCAGAGACGCACAAGCACACUGCUUCGCCUGGCAUACCUCGAGAAGUGGUUGCUGCAGCGGAUCAAGCGUAUGCUCUGCUACGCCGAGCCAGAAGGUACGACUUGAUGCUCAGCAAGACCAACACCACCAGUGUCGUCCAUGGCCCGCCACUUGCGAGCGAGAUGGCGCGCAUAGAUGAAGAGCAUGCUGUUCAGGCUUACCGACCCGAUCCAGAGCUUCUCCCGGCACUGACCCGCGCUCCUGCCAAGAAUCACAAGAUUCCAGCCGGAAGCGCGGAAAACGUCGUCGCAAAAAGAGCUACUACUACCCCUGUUCCGAUCGGACACUUGGGUCGUCAAGCCACUCCCGCGUCGUCAGGAGCGCCACCUUCGCUGUUUGGAAUGAAGCCCAAAAGACGAUGCGCAAAGUGCUCUGCACAUUCUUCGCCUUUCUGGUGGCCAGCUCCACCGUCCGGUCCAACGAAGCUCGAUCAAUUGGACGCUGUCGGAGAAGCCAAGGACCAGCCUGGCGCGUCAAGUGGUCACGCGAUGAAACCAGAAAAGAGGUCACCCUCGAUUGCGCUUGCUGAGAGGCAAGAUGUGGACUCGCCCAUGCGCAGCGUGAGCGAGGGCGCUUUCGAAGGAGAGGAUCAGCAAGCGUCGAUCAAAGCGUCUCCUGUGCCGCCAACACCAUCGAGCACUACGAACGAUAGCAGCUUGCCUGCCUAUCUCUGCAAUGUGUGCGCACAUGAGAACGGCAUGGUGGACGAUGCGCUCGAAUGA